AUGGCUUCUUCCUCACAAUUUAAGCAAUUAGAGAAGCUUGGCAAUGGUACGUAUGCAACGGUGUACAAAGGCCUGAACAAGACUACCGGUGUCUACGUGGCUCUGAAGGAAGUCAAGCUAGACUCGGAAGAAGGUACGCCGUCGACCGCAGUGCGGGAGAUUUCUUUGAUGAAGGAGUUGAAGCAUGAAAAUAUAGUGAGGCUUUAUGACGUUAUUCAUACCGAGAACAAACUGACGUUAGUGUUCGAAUUCAUGGAUAACGAUCUAAAAAAAUACAUGGACUCGCGCAUGGUGGGAAAUACUCCGUAUGGGUUCGAAAUGAGCUUGGUAAAAUACUUCGAAUGGCAGCUUUUACAAGGGGUGGCUUUUUGCCAUGAGAACCGAAUUUUACACAGAGACUUGAAGCCUCAAAACUUGCUCAUCAACAACAAGGGCCAGUUGAAACUCGGAGAUUUUGGAUUGGCCAGAGCCUUUGGCAUCCCCGUAAACACAUUUUCAAGUGAGGUCGUUACACUGUGGUACAGAGCACCAGACGUGCUGAUGGGAUCACGUACUUAUUCCACUUCGAUUGACAUCUGGUCUUGCGGCUGUAUUCUCGCUGAAAUGAUAACGGGGAGACCACUAUUUCCUGGAACUAAUGAUGAAGAACAAUUGAAAUUAAUUUUUGAAACUAUGGGUACGCCUACCGAGCGGACCUGGCCCGAAAUUUCAACUCUGCCAAAAUACAACCCGCAACUCCCCCAGCACUUACCUCAAGAUCUAGGAGCACUUCUCCAGAGUCAAACUAGAGAAAAAAUCGACUCCACUUUGGUUGAUCUUUUAUACGGUCUUUUGCAACCAAACCCAGAACGUAGAUUGAGUGCCAAGCAAGCCUUGAACCACCCUUGGUUUGCCGAGUAUUACCAAUAG